UCGUGGUCAAUCAUGUCCGCCGUCUCCUCCGACAAUCUUGAAAUUCCUCUCAUCGACUUCUCCCACUUCACCUCGGGCGAGCCUUCCCUCAAACAACAGACCGCCCGCUCCAUCCUACAAGGCUUCCAACGGGCGGGCUUCAUCUAUCUCCGCAACCACGGCAUCCCACGCUCCAGCAUCGCUUCCACAUUUGCAUCCUCGGCGAAGUUCUUCACUCGCUCCGAGGAAGAGAAGCUUUCACUAGGAUGGACAACGCCCGCUGCUAAUCGAGGCUACUCCCAACCUGGCCGAGAGAAGACGACCGACUCCACAGAUCCGGAGGAGAUCGCUCGCAUUCGCAAUCUGGAAGGUGUCGAUUUGAAAGAAUCCUUCGAGAUCGGACGGGAAGGAGUGGAAGGAUGUCCAAAUCAAUGGCCGAAGGAGGAUGAAGCGGGCAAGGAAUUUAAAGAAACCACGAUGGACUUCUUCGAGGCAGGGAGGAAGCUGCACUUACAGGUGUUGAAAGCGGUAGCAUGUGGGUUGGGAAUCGAGGAAGACUGGUUCGAGAAGUCUUGUGGCAAGGGCGACAAUACCCUGAGGCUGUUGCAUUACCCGCCCGUGAGGAGUGAGGUGUUCAAGGGAAACAAGAAUACAGUACGAGCCGGCGCACACACCGACUAUGGCAGCAUGACACUGCUAUUCCAGGACAUGGCCGGCGGCCUCGAGGUGCUCAGUCCCAAUGGCAACUACGUCCCAGCCACACCAAUCGAAGACACCAUCGUCGUGAACGCGGGCGAUCUCCUCGCGAGGUGGUCGAACGAUGUGAUCAAAAGCACGAAACAUCGAGUUGUGCAGCCGCCCACCGACCUAGAGGUGUAUCCGGCACGGUAUAGUAUUGCUUAUUUCUGCAAUCCCAAUUCGGACGCUUUCAUCGAGACGAUUCCGAGCACGUUUGAUGAGAGCAGGCCGAAGAAGUACGAGGGUGUCAAUAGUGGAGAGUAUCUCGUACAGCGACUCACGGCGACAUACUGA